AUGACGCAGAGCUUUUCAGCCGACAGCAUUGUUUUGCCUCGAGACUCAAACCAGGCUCUCGGCAUUGCGCAGUUCGCCAUAGACUUCUUGGGCGGAAAGUACGGGGAUAAUGUCGACGAGAACGUCUACGAGAAAGUUCGCCUGUUCCACACGGACAGCGUCCUUUGCGGCGUUUCCGCACUGGCGCUCAAAACGAAUGCGCCGACCAUUCUGAGGGAAGAGGCUCUCGAUUACCCCUGCGCCUGCGGCGCACGCGUCUUCGGCAGUCUGACACGGUCACAACCCGAAAAGGUCGUCGCAGCGAACUGCGCAGCGGUGCGAGAGUGGGACAGCAACGGCACUGUCUUUGGCUUCAAUCCAAAGUUGAAGGGACACCAAGCAGGAGAAUUCGGACACAACGACUUCUACCCUGUCGUCAUCGCCGCUGCCCAGGCUGGUGCCGAAAACGUCGACGGCCGAAAGGCUCUCCGGGCGAUGCUGUGCCUGGACGAGAUCCGCGGGCGUCUCGCGGAAGUCUUCAGCCUGAAAUCGUUCAAAAUUGACCACGUGGUCUACGGAGCGGUCGCCUCGGCUGCCGUCUACGGCGCCCUUCUGGGAGCGUCCGCCGAGCAAAUUGAAUCCGCCAUCGGCUUGUCAGUCGCCCACUACAUUCCCUGGAGAGCGAUUCGAGCCGGCAAGCAGCUCAGCGACUCGAAGGGGAGCUCGGCGGCUCUCGCCGCAGAGGCUGCCGUCCUCAGCAUGCGCCGAGCGAUCAAGGGCUUUGUCGGACCGCGAGAUAUCUUCCGAAAUCCAGAGGCUGUCUUCAGAUGGAAUGUGAAAACGGACGGAGAGUCGCCCUUCGACCUCGUCCUCACGCACUCCGGAAAAGAUUUCGCCGUUUCGCGCAUGCAUUUCAAGCUUGGGCUGUACGAACACCAGUCGGCAGGAGCCCUCGAGGGUCUUAUUCGGUUGCUGGUCGCGCAUCCCGUGAUCUCUCGCGAGCCGAACCGCAUCCAGGCAAUCUCUGUAACCGCGUACGAGCCUGCCUUCAGCAUCAUCGGAGACGUUGCCAAGCGAGACCCUCGGACUCGGCAGUCUGCCGACCACUCCAUGGUGUGUACGUACACUGCAAGUAGAGUGGUGUAUGCCGAAUCGCAGGAGGCAGGCAAGGCGGGUUCUGACGUCACGACGUUCCUCUGGACAGACGAGGCACUAGAGUAA